AUGGGCAUAAUAUCACAGUUAAUUUCAGGAUUAAACCUGCCGUUGCCACACCCUCCUUCUACUUGCUCAAGCUCCAACAACAACGGCAAAAAUAAUACUAUUUUGUGUGUGGUGAAGGGGAGGACUCUCACGACGUCGUUUUUCAAUGGUGGAGUUGAAGCGCUAAAAGUUACUAGGAUAAGGACCCGUCAAUCCAGUUGGUCCCAUUAUUAUAGACAAGGUGGAGGUGCUCUUGGCACUCGUAUGAACCUUUUUGAUCGGUUUGCUAGAGUUGUGAAGUCAUAUGCAAAUGCAGUCUUAAGUUCCUUUGAAGACCCUGAGAAAAUUCUAGAGCAGACAGUACUUGAAAUGAAUGACGACUUAACAAAGAUGCGUCAGGCCACAGCACAAGUUUUGGCUUCUCAAAAACGAUUGGAAAAUAAAUAUAAUGCCGCACAACAAGCUUCUGAAGAAUGGUACCACAAAGCACAACUUGCUCUUCAAAAGGGAGAGGAAGACCUUGCACGUGAAGCUCUUAAGAGGCGUAAAACAUAUGCUGAUAAUGCUAAUUCUUUCAAAGCUCAACUCGAUCAACAGAAAGAUGUUGUUGAGAAUCUCAUCUCUAAUACUAGGCUUUUGGAGAGCAAGAUACAGGAGGCAAAAUCAAAGAAAGAUACUCUGAAAGCACGUGCUCAGUCUGCAAAGUUGACUGCAACCAAAGUGAAUGAAAUGUUGGGAAAUGUUAACACAAGUAAUGCACUUUCAGCUUUUGAAAAAAUGGAAGAGAAAGUAUUGGCAAUGGAAUCAGAAGCAGAAGCUCUUGGCCAGUUAACUACAAAUGAGCUUGAUGGAAAGUUUGCAUUGCUUGAAGGCUCAUCAGUUGAUGACGACCUUGAGAAUCUGAAGAAGGAACUAGCUGGAAGCUCGAAGAACACUUAUUUCUUUGAUCCUCUGAAGCAGAAAGGAGAACUUCCGCCUGGAAGAACAGUUGUCACCAGCUCAAACAAUCCAUUCCGAGAUCCUGACGUCGAGAUGGAGCUCAAUGAAGAUGGACGAUUUUCUGAUGUGGCCGCAGAUGCCACCUUUGCCACAGCGCGAGGUGUGACCAUCGGGCCAAUGGUUCACCUGGCAGCACAAGCGCUGAAUGGUUCUUGGCAGCAGCUGUAUCGUGUUCAGGCAACAAGGGUGUUGCCGGAGGAAUUUGCAAGUUCAAAUCAUUUGGAGACGUACUCUUCAGUUUAUGAGAAGGCAAAGAGCAACAUGGCUUGUUGGCUUGGACGGCUGGCAUCAGGACCCAGCCCCAAAGGCCCUGGUCACUAG